AGCAGUGAAAUCAGAGAUAGCACGUCUAGUCAGAGUGUGUAUUGUGUAUUUAUCGUCAGUGUGUGUAGUUGUGUACCUUUCUGCACGUCUUUGUCUUCUGUUGCGAAAAAUAAAUACAUACAGACGAAUUGAGAACCUCCUCCUUUUUCCGAAGUCGGUUAAAAAUGCCCAGAAAUAUAACAGUGCCAGUGUCCCCCAUAUACUUCAAUAUUGCAGAAUACUGCCUCUUUGGUAUAAUUUUAGGUCUCAUUAUUGGAAUUAUACUGUACUACAAUAUCGCGAGUAGUAAAUAUAAUACUGUGUCUGGUUUUCUGUUUGGUGGCAAGAAUAUGUCUAUCGUGUCUAUUAGUCUUGCACUUACAGCUAGUCAUUUAACAAGCAUCACACUAUUGGGAGUUCCAGUUGAAAUAUAUCUAAGAGGGACACAGUAUUGGGCAUCAGCUCUAUCACUUAUAAUUGUUACGUUUUUAACAGCUGUGAUUUACUUACCAGUAUUUCACAAGUUGCAACUGUCAUCGAGCUUUGAAUAUCUAGAAAUUAGAUUUUCCACACAAACUCGAAUAAUUGCGGCUGUUCUAUUUGUUGUCAGCAAGUUAAUGUUGCUGCCGAUUGUACCAUAUGUACCAAUGUUGGCUUUUAAAAUGGUAACCAACCCUUUUGCCGGAAAAAUAACUGCAAUCCUUUGCAUCGUGUGCUCCACAUUUGUUGCUAUAGGAGGCCUCAGAUCCAUUGUGGCUAUAGGAAUACUCACCACAUUUCUGUCCCUGGUUGGAACAGCAUUGCCCAGUAGUUUGGCUUUGAUACCAAAGGGAAUUCGGAGCAUGUGGGAAACCGCCAGUUUAGGCGGGAGACUAGUCUUGUAUGAUCCCGAUCCGGAACUAGCACAUCACACGUCUUUCUUUGCGGUCACAUUAGCCCUUAGCACAAACUGGCUUUGGAAAGUGGCUCUGAGUCAAUCAUCACUCCAGAAGCUUCUAGCAGUUUCCACGAUCAGCCAGGCAAGGCUCUGCCUCACUCUGUCCUGUGCCGGAGUUAUUCUGAUGAAACUUCUAUCUUGUUUCUUGGGGUUAGCAAUAUACGCUACAUUUGCUGACUGCGAUCCCUUACUGUCCGGUCAAAUAAAGAAACAUGAGCAAUUGGUUCCGCAUUUCCUGAAUUAUCUAUCGACCAUGUUUCCUGGUAUUUGUGGGAUAUUUAUUAUAUCGACCUUUAGUGCUACUGCAGGAUGUAUGGCAUCCAUUAUAAAUUCAGUGUCUGGUGUUAUUUUCGAAGAGUUCAUCAGACCUUGGAUGCCCCAGAAUACUAGAGAAAUAACAUGCUGUUGGAUUAUGAAGUCCCUCUGCAUCGUGGUCGGAGGCUACGGCAUCGCGGUGCUCUGGGCGGCGAACAACCUGGAACGCCUUCAGCACGUGGCUUCAGGAGUCACAGGCGUCACCGCGGGAACUUUACUGGGCCUCUUCACUUUGGGCAUUGUUUUCUCAAGGGCUAACUGUUCCGGGGCGCUCAGCGGAUCACUUCUAAGCCUCCUGAUUUGCGGCUGGCUCCUGUUGGGGGCGGAAAACGCUGUGGCCAGGGGAGCAUUGACCUACCAAGGAAAGCCAUUAACGACCUCUGGAUGCGGAAAAACGAACUUCACUCACAUCCUGACCAACAUCACAGCAGUUGCCUUUGAAUCAACCAAGCUGAACCACCCAACCAAGCGUCUCCAAUCGCUCUUCCGCAUCACCUUCACGUACUGUCCGUUCGCCGGAGCCCUAACCGUUCUCUUCAUCGGGGUCCCCAUGAGCUACCUCACGGAGAAGUCGCGCACCUCCUCCAUGAACCCGGCCGUGCUGUGCCCGCUGACACAGAGCCUGCUGAACAAGCCGCAGGUGCGCAGUAGAACCACGUCGUGCUCGGAGGCGCGCGCGCCGACCAGCCAGGAGAAGUACGCGGCGCUCGACGUGGCCUUGAAGCACUUGAAGGAGGUCUUCGAUGAUAAGUAAAAGGGUAGAAGGCUGAUUCGUUUGUUAAU